AUGCAGCCAAGACCUUCAUCAGAUCCGCUUGCAAAACUGCGGGAAUUCAAUGAACAUACCCCUACUCAACAUGUCAAGGAGGUCCUGCAGCCUCAGCUCAAGAGGUUGGUCUCAAAUCCACGAAGCAUCACGGCGCUGUUGAAAGGUCUGAGCUGUCCAGAUGUGGCACUGAAGGUGCUGGAUGUAUUGCAAGAUGGAGCAGGACUGGCCAAGGUGAACCUUUUUCAUUUCAGCGCUUUGCUUGGAGUCUGUGAGAGGAGGGGCAGCUGGCCGCUGGCCAUAAAGAUUCUGUCGCAGAUGCGCGCAGCAAGACAAGUGGCCGAUGUUUUGUGUUACAUGCCUGCCCUGCGGGCGUGUCAAAAGACGAGUGCCUGGGUUCAAGCCUUGCGGCUGUUUCAGUCCAUGUCUCAAAGUCAAGCGAGUCCCGAUGCCAUCUGCUACAAUGCCAUGAUUGGCAGCGCCAAAGCGGUGGGCAGCUGGCCCUUGGCCGUGGCCCUGCUGGCGCAGAUGUGUGGUGCCAGCAUCGUGCCCUCCAGCAUCAUUGCGGGCACGGUGAUGUCAGCUUGCCAGGACGCCAACGAAUGGCGCAGUGUCCUCCAGUUGCUGGCCCAGUUGCCGCAUUUGUCGCUGCAGCCAGACCUGAUCUGUUUUAACAUCGCCAUCAGCUGCGAGAGCCCUGGGGCAUGGAGGAUCAGCCUCAGUUGCCUCAGUGAAAUCUUGCGCCGCUCUUUGGAAGUGAGCCAGAUCAGUUUCAACUCAGCCAUCACGGCAUGUGGCAAGGCAGCCCAGUGGCAGGCGGCCGUGGAGCUGUUGUGGCAAAUGCCAUCCACAUCUCUGACGCCCGAUGUGAUCAGCUACAAUGCUGCAGUGGCUGCAUGCACACAGCACUGGCAGAUGGCACUGGAAAUCUUCUCUCAGAUGUUGCCAGCUGGUGGUCCAGUUGGUCCAGUUGGUCCAGUUGGUCGCAGUGUGUCCAGAGAGAGGUUGUCUCAAGAUGACGACUCGAGGCCACGCAGGCCACGCAUCUUUUCAGCUUUUUCCCAGGCAAGUGCCUCUGCCUUGGUGAGCCCUGAUCUCAUCACGUAUAAUGCAGUGGUGAGUGCAUGUGAGAAGGGUGGCCAGUGGGCUUUGGCACUGUCCAUCUUCAAUCAGAUGGAGCUUGGAGGCUCCGAGUUACCCAAUUGCGUGACCUAUCAAGGUCUUCUCAGUGCUUGCGAGAGGGAAAGCCAAUGGGAAGUUGGCUUGCAGGUGUUGGAUCACAUGUUGAAGCAGCAGGAGAUGCCGUCAGCCAUGCACGUGGGAUCUGCGGUGCACGCGCUCGUGAAGGAGAAAGGUGAGGGUUCCGGGCUGAUGUUGUUAGAUGCUUUCCGCAGCCUGUGGAAGAUUGAUGGGCAGCAGCCGGUGGUGCCGUCGCACCCAGAGGUUCUGAGCAGUCGACCUGGGAUCAUCGUUGCAUGCAAGGAUUCCGGGAUCAGCACGGAAGACUUCGUGGCCCGGCUGACGGCCCAGUUGCAGGUGGAGCUGUCAAUUGUCUCACGGCUGGACUAUCCAACUUCAGGUGUUCUGCCUCUGGCCAUUGGGGAGGACUCACCGGCAGAUCAUUGGGUGAGAGCACAGUUCGCUGGGCGCCUGGUUCGCAAGGAAUAUCUGUGUCUCUGUGAGGGUCCAGCACUUGGAGAAGUUGGAACACGAGGGAACAUCUCAGCACCUCUUCAAAGCGUGCAGAUUGACGACGACACCUGGCAAAGCGAGGUGUACGAAGAGGGCAGCUCAGCUCGGGGCAUCAGCGGUGCGUCCAUGGAGGCUAUGACCCUUUACGAGGUCGUUGAGAGAUAUUCGCCCAUCGAUUCCAACUCUUCCAACUCUGAGUUGAUGUAUCUGAAAGUUUGGCCCAAAACUGGGCGACGACAUCAAAUUCGUGUGCAUUUGGCCAGCCUGGGCCGGCCGUUGCUUGGGGAUUUAACCUAUGGCCACAGCGAAGCGCCGGUGGAGCGGCUGUUCCUCCACUGUCGUGGCGUCCAAUUUCUGGACCUUCAAGGGCAGCAACUCAUAGUGGAGGCGCCGGUGCCAUGGGAGUUGGCACAGGUGCUGGAACGCUUGGAAAAAGAUGGGGCAAUGCAGUUUGCGAAGAACAUCCCGAAGCCGAAGCUCCUACCGCCCAAGCAGGUGGUACUGGGAACGAACCGGUGUUUUGGAUGGCAGGUCUUGGUCACUACAAAAACCUUGGAGGACCAGGCCCGACAGGAGGCUGUGGAGUGGGAAGACUUGAGGCGCCGUGAGCGGCAGCACCUGGAGGAUGUGGCGCGGAUUGCUGAGGUGAAACAGAUCUUCCAGGCUUCAAUGGAGGGCGCCGUUGCUUCCAGCGCCCGGCUGGGCGUGAAGCCGUGGCCCCCAUGGCGCCAUGGGACACGGCCAGCACCAGGGUGGCAGUCUCGGCCUAAGACACGAACAGCCGAUGACAUUGGUAGGUUCCGACGGAGCAGUGACUCGCGGCAUGCCACAUUUUCGAGCCGAAGAACGGCUGGAAAAGGGGCUGUUUUGGCUGCCGCGGUCUGCAGUGUGCUACGGCGCCGGAAGGGAAAGCUGCCGAGAGCACAAGGACCACCUGGGAUGGGAAAUGUCAAGUGGCUUGAGGGUCUUCGGGAGAUCGCGGAGGAUUACGAUGCUUUCAUCUUUGAUUUGUGGGGCGUGGUGCACAAUGGUUCGGUGGCAUUUCCCUGGUCCAAAGAGUGCCUGGUGGAACUGAAAAAGUUGAGGAAGCCGGUGCUCUUUUUGUCGAACUCCUCCAGGCGAUGUGCCACGAAUCAAGCAGCACUGGAGCGCCUGGGGGUCAGUAGUGACCUCUACCUGGAUCUCAUCACCAGCGGCGAGGUUUCCUGGAAGAUUCUGGCAGGUACGUGCAACGUCAUGAGCGAUGUGUCAUCCAUCAGGGAAGCCAAGGCCGUCUUGACCUUCGGAAAUGACAGUGAUGAUGCGGAGUACAUGAAGGAUCUUCCUUACCGUGUGGUUGAUGCAUCCGAGGCUGACCUCCUCCUGGCGCGCGGCUGUUUCAGCUUGUAUGGUCGGGAGGUGAGGUCAGCGACUUUGAAGGACUUCGACGAUGAACUGCAGGUGGCCGCAAAACGUGGUGUUCCAAUGCUGGUGGCGAAUCCAGAUGUGGUACGGCCGGAUGGCAAUGCCAGUCCCAUGCCUGGCAGGCUGGCGCAACGCUACAGGGAGCUUGGAGGGCCCAGUGCCAUUUUUGUGGGCAAGCCGCAUCCGGAGGUCUUCCAACUGGCGCGAGAAAGGCUGCAGGAGGCCGGUGUGGCCAGCUCCGCACGAGUUUGCAUGGUGGGUGACAGCGUUUGGCAUGAUGUCCGUGGUGCUCGUGCUGCGGGCCUCGAUGUGCUGCUGCUGUGCAGUGGAGUCCACAGUGAGGCUUUGGGCAUCGAUCAAGCUCCGGCCCCGCCACGGCGGCCCGCAAAGGAGAGCUUAAGGGGCUUCUUGGGUGCGCUGCCCAUGGAGGAGAUGCCCAGCUACAUGUCAGCUGCUCUGACUUGGGGUACUGAGACACAGGCCGAAGUGGUCGUUUGCGGCUUGGCCUGCUUGGACAUUGUUCAGGAGCUGGAAAAGUUCCCGGAAGCGGAUGACAAGGUCCGAGCACUCCAAACGACAUGGCUUGGAGGUGGCAAUGCAGCCAACACGGCCUCCGCGUUAGCACGUCUCGGGUGGAGCACGAAACUUAUCUCAAAGGUGGGAGGGGACGUGCUUGGAACAUCCAUUUUGCAGGGUCUGAGUGAUGAGGGGGUGCUCACCGACUUGAUGAAGUCAGAGGGACAGUCGGCCUUCAGCACGGUGCUGGUGGAUGCCGACGGGACAAGGACCUGUGUGAACUCCCCUGCGAGCGAGAUGACGGGCGAGGAGAUGCAGGAAGUCCUGAAGACUGAGGCGGGAGCAGCUUCCACCAGGCACGUCCGGCUGAUCCACUUGGAUGGCCGACAUCCCCAGGCAGCCCUGGCCUUCACAGAUGCAGUGAACAGCCAGGAAUCCCCAGCCUGGAUCAGCUUAGAUGCUGAGCGGCCCCGAGAAGGUUUGGAGCCGUUGCUGCGAAGAUGUGAUGUGCUGUUCUGCAGCGCCAGGUUUCCGCAGGCAUGGACUGGCAAGGCUGGUCUCCCUGGAGCGCUUGCCAGCCUCCUCACCGACACCGCCACCAAAGCUUCCAUGGUUGUGGCUACACGGGGGGAGCGCGGAUCCUUGCUGCUGGUGAGGAAGAGCUUUGUGAAGGACCCCAGUGAGCUGGGCACAGAGGAGCUCGCGGCUGUGGGUGUUCCAGUGGUGUGUUGCGCUGGAUCCUUCGAGGAUUUCUACACCUUAGCCUGUGAUGCUUGGCCCGUGCCCACUUCCUUCCAGGGAACCAUCAACAGCACCGGUGCCGGUGAUGUUUUUAUCGCAGGCUUUCUAGAUUCACUUCUGAAUGGAAAGCCAUUAGCCUUUGCGAUGGCAAACGGUGCGUAUGUUGCCACGGAAAAGCUGCAGGCAUCUGGCGCCCGCCUAGGGCGCGACUUUGUGAAGGAUGAGAGGCUGGCACCACAGCAAUGA